AUGGACAGUCAAACUGGCGGGGAUGACGCCAUUGAUGCUCCACAGUUUGGAUGGUACCAACCCCGUUAUCUGCCGCGACGUGACCCGCCCAAGAGCACCUUCCCACCCCUUUCUAAGAUUGUAGUGAGUGAGGGACUGGACGGAAACGUCAGCGAUGAGAGAGCGUUAAAGCGGCGUGCUGAGUUGGGAUUUGCAUGGGAGCGGAUUAGGCCAAUUACAGAGGUGUGGCAUGGUCCAUCGAUUAACGACAAAGUGCCGCCUGCGAAGGACUAUGAGCGUCUUCUGUUGGAUGCGCCAUCGGGGAGCCUGCGGUAG